AGGAAACCAACAUAUGUCUGUGUAGGAUCCUCAGAGACUUUACGUGGAGCUACUACUAAUUAAUAAUGUAAAAGAAAGACCAAUGACUUAUGAGUAUACGUACGAUAGAUACCUUUGUUUGUAUGUAAUUGUGCACCGUCACCAUGGUGGACCUGAGGUAUGGAACUAGUACCACCCCCUACAGCACAGAGCAAGAGGAGAGAGUUGCCGCUAUCUUGCGAGCGAGGAAGGAGAGAAUGGAGAAGAGGGAACUGAUUAAGCAGGCCAAGAUGCUGGCCCUGUUGGAGGAGCAAGAAGCGAAGAAGAAGCAGAUGGAGGAGGAGUUGAAGAAAUGGACGAAGGAACAGGAGGAGAAGAUGGCGACUAUACAAGUGGAGGUGGAUAAAGAAGAAGAAGAAGAAAAGCAAGUGGAAGAAGAAGUACCGUUGGAAAGGAGAAGAGGUGGAGCCAGUAUGAGUAAGGAGGCGGAGAUUGAAAAGACAACACAAGAAUGGACCGCACAUUUGGAGUUGGGAAAAGAUAGGGAGGGCGAGCUGGCCAUGCCCCAAGCAGAAAGAGAAGCAGCAAGGAGAGAGUUAGAAAUAGAGAGGGACCCGGUGAGGAGAAAGGUGAAAGAGGACGAACGGCAAAGGGCAUGGCAGUGGCGUUUGUCCCAAGAAAGAGUUGGGCGUUUGGAGGCAGCGGAGCAAGCAGAAAAGGACUUGAAAGCGGCGGAGACUAGGAUGGAGAAGAUCGGUGAAGAGACUAAGAUAGCCACUAAACUCGAUGUCCUGACCCAGAGUGGACGCUUCUUCGGGAAGAAGAAUCAGCAGGGCAUGACCUAUGACACUCGCAGUCGGGAGGCAGUUGCAUUUGCCGCCCAAGCAUCGCCAAUUACCACGUUCUGGCACAGGGAUAUGUCAAAGGGAAAAACGUGGAAGGGACGCACCAUCUCCGGCCAAAUUAAGGCCAAAGAUAUUUUGAUUCUGACGAUGGAGGAAGGUGGUGCAGACGAGGUUCCCUACUCUGAUAUCGAGUGGGAACUGGAGGAGCAGGACAGUAGCGCUGGUCAGGGGGGAACCUAUGCUGCUGUCGCGGCCGGAGUGAGGCCGCAAGGAGGAGGACAAAGGUACUUCUCAAAGAUAGAUCUGAAAUCGGGGUACCAUCAGAUGGAAGUGCAUCCGGACGAUCAGUACAAGACGGCGUUCAGGACAAGGACAUUUGGCAUUGUGAAUUAUGUGGAGCAAAUCCGGGCCGUGGAUUUGAGACUACAAUUGAAGUUCUCCCACGGCUAUUCAAAAUCAAGUAUGACAGUGGAGUGGUCGACGAUUUUCUUUUCGUUGAUGUACCAAAUGAAUAUCAGCUCCCUUCUGGGUUGAUGGUUUUGGAAUAUGCAAGGGCAGUGCACGAGAGUGUGUUUGAGCAGCUGCGGGUUGUGAGAACGGGGCAGCUUCGUAUCA